AUUCAGUCAUACAGAGUAAUUGUGGACGUAAGGAGAAAGUCCACAGACGGUGUUGCGCUGGAGUGGAAUACGGUUAUCAGAGUCCCUCACUCACUCACUCACUCUCUUGCGCGCCCGCGGCUCUCAGAGGAAGUGCUGCUUGUGCUGAAGGAACGGCUGGGAGCGCAACAUACACGGACGCAGCGCGAGCGAGGACACCACGCGCAAAGAGGUGCACCUGUAAUCCACGCUGCUCACGCGCCGAUGUACGGAUAGUGUGAGAGCAUCCAGAAGAGAUAUUCGACACCACGCGCAUACCCAUGCUUGGGAUUUGGCUUUCUUUUUCUUCGCUAAUGCAAAAGGAAAUAUGCAGCGAAGCCUCACACUGCUCUGCACCAGUUUUCUGGGAUUGUGCCUCGGUUCCAGUUUUCCAAGUAAUAUCAACAUAGGAGGGUUAUUCCCAACCGAAUCACACGAAUAUGAAGUGUUUCGGUUUGCGCUCUCGCAUCACCAGGAUAUCCCUAAACUGGUACCUCAAGUGGAUAUGGUCAAAAUGGGAAAUAGCUUCUCCAUGACAUAUGCUUUCUGUUCGCAGUUCUCCAAAGGAGUGUACGCCAUCAUCGGCGUGUACGACAGGAAGACUGUCAACAUGUUGAUGUCGUUCUGCGGUGCACUACACGUCUGCUUUGUGACGCCCAGCUUCCCCAUGGAAAACUCCAACCAGUUUGUCAUCCAGCUGAGACCCGAACUGCAGGAUGCCCUGGUGGGCGUAAUCGAGCACUACAAGUGGUCCAAGUUUGUCUACAUGUACAGCUCGGACUCUGGACUGUCAGUUCUGCAGAAGGUUCUGGACACAGCAGCAGAGCAUAACUGGCUGGUGACCUCCGUAAAUGUUGAGACAAUGACAGAAGCGUCCUUCCUCAAAGUGUUCCAGGACCUGGACAAAAGGAAGGAGGGCCAGAUCAUCAUCGACUGUGAGCUGGAGAGACUCACCUCCAUCCUGAAGAAGAUCAUCGAGUUGGGGAAGAACGUGAAGAGCUACCACUACAUACUAGCAAACCUG